CUGAAAGAGGAAAUCACUAGGAUCCUGACAGCAAACAACCCACAUGCUCCACAAAAUAUUGUCCGCUACAACUUCAAGGAACGAGCCUACAAGGCAACCAGUGUCGUGGAUCAGAUGGCUGUUCAUUUUGUGUGGGAGGGUAGCCUUCUGCAUGAAGAUUCCGAUGAAGCACGAAGACUGAGGGCUACAUCUGUAGAGGAUGGGGGUGAUGUGGACGAAGCAGGGGGAGAAGAAAGACCCGACAGUGUUGCCUCCAAAACUACCAAGAAGGUCACAAAUCAGUUCAACUUCAGUGAGAGGGCAUCCCAGACUCUUAACAAUCCAUCAAGGGAAAGAAACAGCCAGACUGAACCUCCACCGCGCAGCCGCUUUUCUGCCACUGCUAAUCAGUGGGAUAUCUAUGAUGCUUACCUGGAAGAGCUGCAGAAGCAAGAAAAAAACAAAGAGAAGCAAAAAGCCACACAAGUGAAGAAAGAUAAUAGCAAGUGCAAGACAAAGACGAUGCUGUUGGAAACACCGAGUGAUGACAUCACUAAAGUUAGCAAGACAUCCAAGGUCUUUGAAAGAAUGGUGAAUCAAAACACAUUUGACGACAUAGCUCAAGAUUUUAAGUACUUUGAGGAUGCCUCUGAUGAGUUCAGGGACCAAGAGGGGACCCUUCUGCUGCUGUGGAAGUUUCAGUUUGACAAAGCCAAAAGACUGGCAGUCACUGCCCUCUGCUGGAAUAACAAAUAUCAAGAUAUGUUUGCUGUGGGCAUGGGCUCAUAUGACUUCAGCAAACAGGGAAGGGGCAUGCUUGUCUUCUAUUCACUAAAGAACUCUACUUUCCCAGAGUACAUUUACCCCACAACUUCUGGUGUCCUUUGCCUCGACAUUCAUGAGCAGCACUCCUUCCUGGUGGCAGUGGGGUUCUAUGAUGGCUGUGUGGCUGUCUACAACCUGAAGGAAGAGGGAGAAGAACCUGUUUACAAGAGUACAGCAAAGACUGGCAAGCACACAGAUCCUGUCUGGCAGGUUCGAUGGCAGACUGAUGACAUGGAUAACAAUCACAAUUUUUAUUCUGUGUCAUCUGAUGGCCGGGUUGUGUCCUGGACACUUGUCAAGAAUGAGCUGAUCUUUACAGACAUUAUCAGACUGUCUAUGAACAGUGCUGCCUCUGAGGGACCAGGGGCUGCACAGCUGCCAAGCAUCGCUUGUGGUACAUCGUUUGACUUCCAUAAACAGAUUGACUAUCUGUUCUUGGUUGGCACUGAGGAGGGGAAAAUACACAAGUGUUCCAAGACCUAUUCAAGCCAGUUCCUGGAGACGUAUGAUGCCCACAGCAUGGCAGUGGAUGCAGUGAAGUGGAACCCCUUCCAUCCAAAGGUUUUCAUCUCUUGCAGCUCAGACUGGACUGUCAAGAUCUGGGACCAUACCAUAAAUACUCCAAUGUUCACUUUCGAUCUUAAUGGAGCCGUUGGAGAUGUGGCCUGGUCUCCGUACUCCUCCACUGUGUUUGCUGCCGUGACAACAGUUGGAUCGGUUCACGUCUUUGACCUCAACAUCAACAAAUAUGAGGCUAUCUGCCAGCAGCCAGUGGUGGCCAAGAAGAAGACUAAGCUGACUCACAUCAUGUUCAAUCCCAUCUACCCAAUCAUUAUAGUCGGUGAUGACCGAGGGUAUGUCACCAGCCUCAAGCUCUCUCCUAACCUUCGCAAGAAGCCCAAGCUCAAGAAGGGUCAAGAGAUGCCGAAGGGUCCAGAGGCGGAAAUAGCCAAGAUGGAGAAGCUUCUCAGUUUCCUGAGGGAGCCAGAACAAAGCCAGGACACAGUUUAA